GGUUACACGUCAUCUAUUUGCUCUUACGUAGCAUCAUGGCGGCAUCCAUGGCUUCACAGGCUGCAGCUAGAGGACUGAGGACAGCCGCGUCAAAGCACAUCUUUGCGGACAAACUCAAGUGCACCUGGCUGAGUCCCAGAAGAUGGUUGAAUCUACAAGAAUAUCAGAGCAAAAAGCUGAUGCAGGAGAGUGGAGUGGCUGUCCAACGCUUCUACGUGGCUGACACCGCUUCUGAAGCCCUGGAGGCUGCAAAGAGACUCAAUGCCAAAGAGAUUGUGCUGAAAGCUCAGAUUCUGGCAGGAGGCAGAGGCAAAGGUGUUUUCGACAGUGGCCUUAAAGGUGGAGUGCACCUCACUAAGGACCCAGCUGUCGUGGGUGAGCUGGCUAACAAGAUGCUCGGCUUCAACCUGACGACGAAGCAGACGCCAAAAGAUGGAGUGAAAGUGAAAACGGUGAUGGUUGCAGAGGCCCUGGACAUUAGCAGAGAGACCUACUUUGCCAUUCUAAUGGACCGCGCCUGUAAUGGUCCUGUCAUGGUGGGAAGCCCCCAGGGUGGCAUGGAUAUUGAGGAGGUUGCCGCCAGCACGCCAGAACUCAUCUUCAAGGAGGUCAUAGAUAUAUUCGACGGGGUGCAGCAGGAGCAGGCGAUGCGGAUGGCAGCUAAUUUGGGUUUCAAGGGACCGCUGCAGAAACAGGCUGCCGAUCAGAUUGAAAAGCUGUAUGAUCUGUUCCUGAAAGUCGACGCCACUCAAGUGGAAGUUAACCCACUCGGAGAGACUCCCGAAGGACAAGUGGUCUGCUUUGACGCCAAAAUCAACUUUGACGACAAUGCUGAGUUCCGUCAGAAGGCCGUCUUUGCCAUGGACGACAUGACGGAGAGCGACCCCAUGGAGGUGGAAGCAGCCAAGUGGGACCUCAAGUACAUCGGGCUGGAUGGAAACAUCGCCUGUUUCGUGAACGGCGCCGGCUUGGCCAUGGCGACUUGUGACAUCAUUGAUCUUCACGGAGGAAAGCCAGCCAACUUCCUGGACCUCGGUGGAGGAGUCAAAGAGAGGCAGGUGUACGAAGCCUUCAAGCUGCUGACAGCUGACCCUAAGGUGGAGGCCAUCCUGGUCAACAUCUUCGGAGGGAUUGUCAACUGCGCCAUCAUCGCCAACGGCAUCACCAAGGCCUGCCGGGAGCUGGAGCUCAAGGUUCCUCUGGUGGUCCGACUUGAAGGUACCAACGUCCACGAGGCCAAGAAGAUUCUGAGCGAGAGCGGCCUCCCCAUCACCGCAGCGGAGAACCUGGAUGACGCCGCCAAGAAGGCAGUCGCCGCCAUCAAGAAGUAGAGCAGCUUCCCGAAAGUCCCACGGGACUCAGAAGAUCACAGGCAGUUAUUUUUUUAAAGAGCCAAGACCUGAACUUGGGGGCUGCACUCCCACCUCAUGACUGAUCACACGUCUUCUCUCAUGAUCGAUUAAUCAAGCCUUUUCUUUUCGAUCCAGUGAAACGCUCCUGCAUUCCGUGUUUUCCAUCAUUGUCUUAGUAACCACCACGGACAGACGAGGUCUCUCUGACCGACUGGCCCGACGCCUUAUCUUGAGACUCACCGGGGCAGUGCCACGUCACGCACGCGUGCGCUCUUGAUCACUUUAUGAAUACUUUUGUAUGAUCGCAAAUCUUAACUUGUGUGAUAAUUGUGUAUAUAAUUAGAAGCAUACAAAAGUACGAAAAAUAAACACCACUUUGUUUUUUGGGUUCG